AUGGACUUGGAACAGUUAUUUAAAAAACUUCGAUCGUCAUUAUCAAUGCGUAAGAAUGUUCCACUAUCACAAUUAAUUAGUGAAUGCAAUUCAGAUUGGAAUAUUAGUGUAUAUACUAUUUAUUCAGAAAUAACUGGUGUUUCUAGCACAAAUUUACGAGACAUUGCUGAAUGGUUAAUGACUAAUGAAUCUGUCAAUAUCAAAUUUACCGAAAAUAAUGAUUAUAUAAUAAGUUUUCAAUUUGGAGAUGAACAUGCUGAUAUUCAAAGAUAUAUAAAUGUAUCUAAAUCAAAAAAGAAAAACAAAAAUAGUACUUCAUAUAAAACAGAUAGACAUGGGGAAAAUUAUAUGUCAAAGAAAUCAUCAAAUAAUUUUGAAUAUAAGCAGUCUUUUUUAACCUCUUCAAACAAUUCUUAUCAAAAAAAUAAAAUAAGAAAUUGUGAAUCAAAUAAUGUUUUAUCAACAGAAAUAAAAAAUUCUUUUCACAAAGUUUCUUGUUCUGGAAAAGCACAUUUAAAAAAUACAUUAAAUCAUGUUAUUUUUAUGAAUAAGAGAUUAGAAAAUCAAAGAGAAAUGAGAAAAAAUCAAUAUGGGAUUGUUAAAGAAGUUCGUAAUUUAAAUUUUGAUAAAACAUGUAAAAAAAUGGAUUCACUUUCAAUAGAAAAUAAAAAUUCUGUUGAAAAUACUAUCUGUAUAACAAAAAAAGAUACUAUUAAUAAAGAGAUGGAAAAAUAUGGUAAAAAUCGUGAUGAUAAAUUAAUAAAAAAAAAUAAAACAGAUCCCCCAAAAUAUAUUUGUGGAGCUGAUGCUAUUGAAGCAUUACUUAAAGAACGUAAAAAAGUAUUUCCAAUAGAGUCAAAAAAAGUUACAAAAAAUAAUGAAGAAAAUAAAUUAGAUAAGAACGUUGAGAUAAAAUAUCAGCCAAUAAAAUCUUCUAAUUUUGAAGUUAGAAAACCAUUCACUAUGUUGCAUUCUUUUUUAUCAAAUACAAAGGACACAAAUAUUUAUAAAUCGUCAACAAUUAAUGAAACGUCAAUUAAGGAUACAAAUAAUAGGAGAGAAAAAUUUUCAUAUAAUUUUCCAAAACCAUCAAUUGUAUAA